GUUGACCCGCUGCCAUUAAAGCGAGCCAAGGCAAAUAUUAUAAUGCAUGGCAGCAGGAUGUGUGCAUGUUUGUCAUUAUAAUCUGCGGGACAAAUUGAAAGACGAGGCGCGCGGAGUGAUUGGCUGCGUGGGGACAAAGGUGGCUUUUACCUGCCAGGUGGAGGAGAGACAGUGAGGAGGGACAGGGAGAGGGGCAGGGAGAAAAGAAGCGGGGCGAGAAAAGUCGAUUUACCUGUAGCCCAACUUCUGGCAGCUCUCUCACUCUAUUACCUGCUCCGACUUGAAAGUCCAGUUUCACGAGGAAGAAUCGUAGAGGAAGCAAAAUAUGUCACAGGAGACAGACAAUAAGCGUCUGGUGGUGGUGGUCCCCAACGAGAGCUCCUUCCCUGCAGUGCGGCGGGCCUACACAAGCGAGGAUGAGGCAUGGAGGUCGUAUCUGGAGAACCCACUGACAGCCGCCACCAAGGCCAUGAUGAGCAUCAACGGGGACGAGGACAGCGCCAACGCCCUGGGCCUGCUCUACGACUACUACAAGGUGCCUAAAGAAAAGAGGCUUCUGCCAGUUCCCAAAGUUGUUGAAAUUACAGAGGAACAGGAGAAGAGGUCUGCGUUGCCGAGCAACCCCAGCAGCCAAAAUGAGGCGGAGACGGUGGACAACCGUGUUCAGGUCCUCAAAUCUGUUCCCGUCAACCUGUCGCUGAACACGGAGCACCAGGAGACCAAACGGGAGCACUUCAGCAGUUCCACCGAGGCGGCGCCAGGAGAUGAAGCCUCGCCAGCUGUGGCUGUGGUGAAGGCCGAGGUGUACGCGCCCGUCUUCAUGGCGGGAGCGGGGCUUCACUACAGGGUGGAGGGAGAGGAGACGUCAAGGGUGAUCUACGAACAGAGUCCGUACGAGGUCACCACAGUCAGUCACACCUCGUAUGUGAAAGAAGAUCAGCAGAGUCCGCCUGACAGCCCGUAUGAGGAGGAGAGAGAUGGGCAGAAGUACCACACACCUUCCUCUCUGGCUACAGAUGACUUCUUAUUUCACCAGGAGGGAGUUGACAGCUUCCAGUACACGCUGGACGCCACUCGCUCGCUGCGUCAGAAGCAGGGCGAGGGACCAAUGACCUACCUGAACAAAGGCCAAUUUUACGCUGUGACGCUCAAUGAGCUCAGCGCCAACAAACGCCUCCGUCACCCCACCAGCAAAGUUCGGAGUGUGAUCAUGGUCGUGUUCAGUGAAGACAAGAACCGAGACGAGCAGCUGAAGUACUGGAAGUAUUGGCACUCUCGGCAGCACACAGCCAAACAGAGAGUCUUAGACAUCGCUGAUUACAAGGAGAGCUUCAACACGAUCAGCAACAUCGAAGAAAUCGCCUACAACGCCAUCUCCUUCACCUGGGACGUGAAUGAAGAAGCUAAGAUCUUCAUCACGGUCAACUGUCUGAGCACUGACUUCUCCUCUCAGAAGGGCGUGAAGGGUCUCCCUCUGAUGAUCCAGAUCGACACGUACAGCUACAACAACCGCAGCAACAAGCCGCUGCACAGGGCCUACUCACAGAUCAAGGUCUUCUGUGACAAGGGAGCCGAGAGGAAAAUAAGGGACGAGGAGAGAAAAUUGUUCCGCAAGAAGUCAAAAGGUAAAGACGGAGGUGUAGGCGUGAUAACCAUUCCCAAGAAGUCCGACACCACUUACUUCAAGACCAUGAGCGACUUGGAGGCUCAGCCCGUGCUCUUCAUCCCCGAUGUUCACUUUGGUAACCUGCAGAGGGCUGGACAGGUGUUUACCUUCAACACAGAGGAGAUCGAGAGAGAAGGGAGUGUGCUGGUGAAGAGGAUGUUCAGGCCGGCAGAUGAAGAUCUGUGUCCGUCGCCUCACAAACAGAUCAAAGAGGAGACACACAAGAGAGUGCUGUUGUAUGUAAGAAAGGAGACAGACGAGGUGUUUGACGCUCUGAUGCUGAAGUCGCCCACGCUCAGAGGCCUGAUGGAUGCUAUAUCAGAGAAGUACGGCGUGCCCACAGAGAGGAUAGCCAAAGUGUACAAGAAAAGUAAAAAAGGGAUCCUGGUGAACAUGGACAAUAACAUCAUCGAGCAUUACUCCAACGAAGACACCUUCAUCCUCAACAUCGAGAACUACGCAGACGCCUACAAGAUCACGUUGACAGAGAUCUGACAGCUCGUCGGCCGACUUGAAGGACCGCAGGUUGAGAUGCAAGAGACACUGUGACUGCCGGUUGGCUGAAAUCUACCAGGCUGCUAUUGAUUGGCUGAUAAGCUGACUGACAGUAUUGGAGACAGUCCAUUGGCGACGUUGCUCUGGGGUCAACGUCGACACACCUGAUCCCUCUCUGACACUGUUACACUAUGAAGCAAGUCGUAUUUUCUGCGCAGGAGGACGACGAUAAUAAAAAGAGGACAUUAUUAUUCUUAUGAACUCAUAUUUACUUCCUCAUCCUCUGUGUCGUGAGGUGAAACGAUGGAGCACACAUCCACGUCCUCCACUCUUGCUGAAUAUUUUUUAUUGUAUAAAAAAGUUCUACUUUUCUGUACAGUUUUUGCCAAAUAACGCAUCAGGAGUAGCCUCAUGAAACGCCUGGUACACUGUAUGUAUAGCUUGAAUUAGUUGGUCCUAAUUAACGUAGCUUCUUUGCAUGCCAGCCAAUUGUUUUUGUUAGUUGUGUUAUUAUUUAUUAAUGACAAUGUUUUUGCAUUUCUUCAGCAAUUUUAUCCAAGGAUUUCAAGUACUUUACAUUUCAGUGACUCUGUCUAUAGUCACCCUCUCUAAGUACUCAAGGAGUUUUUAAAUGGCUUAUCUAUUUUUUUUAGCCACGUCGUACUAUUUACACGUCAACAGAUAGCUCAAGUGUUUGUUUGUAGGACCUAACGAGAUGGUAACGACUUAGAAAAUAUACUGUAAACAACUUCUGUCGGGUGACAAAUGGCACUUGGCCUCAUGUGCUUGGCUGUAUUGAAAAAUGAAUAAAGGUAC